AUGGCGCCGGGCGUCGUCAGUCCCUCACGAUCGUCAACCUCCAGGACCAACAGUCCAAACCAGAUGGAGGAAGAAACGCCGCAGCCAGGCCCCUCGAACCAGGAGAUGCCCAUCGACGAGGAGGAUGCCACCGAUCCUCUCGCCCUUCUCCGGAGCCUGCCAGAGCCGCCCACCACCUGCCAGGUGUGUGUCGUUGGCGCUGGUCCCGCAGGCCUCAUGCUGGCAGCGAAUCUCGCCCGUUUCGGCAUCGACGUUGAAGUUGUAGAUGAUAGGGCGGACCAAACGCCUGUUGGCCGAGCCGAUGGCCUACAGCCGAAGUCAAUUGAGACGUUUCGGCAGAUGCGAUUGGCUGAUCCGCUGCUGCAGCGCGGCGUGAGAGUCUUUGACAUCUCCUUUUGGCGCAGUACGGCAGAUGCACCUCUGCACCGUCUAGGGCGUGAAGUGCAUUACCCUCCCGUCAUUGAUGUUUUGGACCCUUACAUCCUCCUUGUCCACCAGGGCAUGGUUGAGGGCCUAUUCGUCGACGACCUGAGGAAGCGCGGAAAGGAGGUGCGCCGGAACACGGCCUUUGAGUCUCACUAUGUGCCAAAGUCAGGGCCAGUCCAGGUUCGGUGUUACGCCAAUGUCAACCAGGACAAGAAGACAAUUUUGACCGAUUAUCUCGUUGGAUGCGAUGGAGCACACUCCAAGGUCCGCAAGAACAUGUCCAACGUUGAGGCCGUGGGCAUGUCCCGCCCAGAUAUCUGGGGCGUCUUGGACGGCGAGCUCAUCACCAACUUCCCUGAUAUUUGGUCCAAGACUCUUGUCUACUCUGAGGAGCACGGCUCGAUCCUCAUUGUUCCCCGCGAGCGCAACAUGACGCGCUUCUACAUCGAGCUCAAGGCCAGCGCCCGCGCGGACCGCCGUGAGCUUGGCCAAAAGUUUGUCAUGCAGCAGGCCCGCAAGAUCAUGGCGCCCUUUGAGCUGGAUUGGAAGUACAUUGAGUGGUUUGGGCGAUAUCAAGUGGGCCAGCGCGUGGCGAGUCGCUUCACGGAUGUCAAGACCAGGGUGUUCCUUGCUGGAGAUGCUAGUCACACUCACUCUCCCAAGUCCGCCCAGGGCAUGAACACAUCCAUGCACGACUCGUGGAAUUUGGCCUGGAAGUUGAACCUGGCAUGCCGUGGAUUGGCCAAGCCCAAUCUUCUCGAAAGCUACGAGGUGGAGCGUCGCAAGAUCGCCCUCGAUCUCGUCAACUUUGAUUACGAGCAUGCCAACCGCAUUGCCGGUGGAGAUGCCGUCGCCAUGGCCGAGAACUUUAGGGCCAAUGUGCGCUUCAUCUCCGGUAUUGGCGCCGACUACAGCGAGAGCGCCCUCAACAUUACCCGGCCAGAGGACAACUCGGCCAUCCUGGGCGGCGCUCGUCCGGGAUGUCUCUUGCCCCCGGCCAAGGUAUCGCGAUACAUUGACUCCAACCCAGUGGACAUUCAACUCGACAUUCCCAUGCUGGGCCAGUUCCGUAUCUACCUCCUUAUGUGGGAUGUGAUACAGGCCAGGCCCUUCUUGGAGACUCUUUGCCGCACCAUGGCGACUCCAAAGUCCCUGGUGAGCCAGCUUUCUGCUGCCGCAAGCGCAUCCUACGCCAAGCAGCCAAGAUUGCCGGCUCCGGAAGAUGUGUAUACGCGACCUGAGAGAUACACGGUAGUCAGCCACUUGUUCACAUUUGCUUUGAUUACCACCAUGCCCAAGUCUGAGAUUGAGAUAUCAGACCUUCCCGCACUGCUGCAGGAUAGCCGCUGGACCGUCUAUAUCGACAACGUCCCCGAGCUAGACACCAGAGGCGCUUUCUGCACAGACAAGUGGCUGGGAAGCCUCGGCCCUAGCGAAGUCGCUAUCGUCAACGUCCGUCCCGACGGCUAUGUUGGCUGCGUUGGCCGAUGGGACACCAACGUUGACGAGGCUGGCGAGCAGGCGGCCGCGUGGUUGGAUUCGUAUUAUGGCGGAUUUAUGGAGGUGCCCAAGAAUUGA